AUGAUAUUGAAUGAGAUUUCAAGAGAUGAUGAACAACAAUCAUUUAUUAGUGCAACUGAUAAAGAUCAAACACUUCAAACCUAAACUAAUUUGAAAUAGCAAAUCAAGAUGUUGCCACCGAUUUAUUUAUCAAUGUCGCUAAUAGUUUUGUCUGCAGCUAUUUUGAGCCAGUUUUAAUACGCAAGGGCUCAAACAUUCCCUUUGUUUUUAGAGUUGCCUUUUUAGAAGAAUUAAUUAUUUACGAUUGGAAAUGCGUUAAUCAGUUUGAUGGGAAUCAUGAUCUAUUAUUUGGUAUUUUAAGCCAAUCAAUCAAAACCCAUUAGAAAGCUAUACUCAGCCAAAUAGAUUCCAUAUAAAAUCUUUUCAUUUUAGAUAUUCCUAAGUGGAGCUUUAUCCCACCUAGCAUUUCUAGCAUUUGCUUUGCUCCCUAUUGAAUACAAAAACCAAUCCAAUUUCCUAUACACUGAAGACAGAAUUUUAUUAACAUUUUCGUUUAUAAUGAACUUCCUAUUCAUCAGCUAUUACAUGUGUUAUAAGUAGGGUUCUUAACCAUCAAAGUUAAAAAAUCAAUUACAACCAUUUUCUUUGAGUUAACAAAUAAAGGCAGCCUUAUUUACAGUAAUUUGCUUUUUAUUUACUGCUUUUAUUUCUGUGAAUUUUAUAAGUAUUUUUAUGGGAAUGCCAAUGGCUUAAGGAGAACCAAGUUUGAAUGAUGGUCUAAGCGCGUCUGAAGACUUUAUAGCAAACAUGGUUAGCGAGAUAUACUCUACACUGUCAUAUAGCUUAUAUUUGAUGAAUUCAUUUUUUAUAGGAAUGUUUUAUUCUGACUUAUAGAAAAUUAAUUUGAUAAUGAGUGUAGAUUAAGAGAUGAUGCUUAUGAUUAAAUAAUAAAUUAUCGUGAAUCACAAUGCAUAUAAAAACGGAUAUAUAAUUAAAUAAAUGAAAGCGUUCAUCACAUUGUCUCUUUUGUAUUUGACAUUAGCCAACUAAGGAAUUUUGUCAGCAACUGGAGAAUCUGUACAUGCAUUCCAAUCAGUUAUUGUGGGUUUAUCAAAAGUGGCAUCGAAAGAUUUCAAUUUCCAAUAACUAUUCGUUGCUCUUGAUGAAUUGGCUGAAUCCUUCAAGGCAAGAAAGAACGAAGAAAACGCAUUCUACGAAUAAGAAUAUCAAUAAUAUCAAGCAGAUGUUCAAUACUAUUAAAAUCAAAUAACAGACUUCAAAAACAAGAUUGCCUAAUUGGAAGUCGACGUUAAAGACUUGACAGAUGAAAGAGGCAGAUUACAAUAACUUUUGGCAGAUGCUAAAUAAGAUCUAUAUGAUGCAACCAAAUUAUUCAAUGCCAAAGAGGCCUAAAUCAAUUCAGACAAGUCAGUCUUCACCAGAUAGUUCAACGAAUAUGCUGACACCAUUGCAGUUUUAGAUUAAGCUAUUGCAUUGUUGAAUGAAGUCAAAGACGAAACUUCACUCUUGUAAAAGGCAGAGAACAUCAAGGAUGUUUCUUAAAAGAUGCAUAACCAUCUUAAAUAAUUAUCUUCAAAGAGAGUGUUUUAUUAACCAUUGGUUAAGGCAUUGACACAAAUUGCUCAAAACAAUUAUGUUGAUUAAGAGAACUUAAACAAAGUCAUCAACUAUAUGAAUCAAUUAAGACAAUCUUUGAUUGAUGGACAAACCUCAUUACAAAAUCAAUAUGAUGCACAAUCUAAAUUACAAUAAGACAUUUUAUCAGAAAUCUAGGCCAAGAUCACUGGAAUUAGAGAUGUGUUGAUUCCAUUGUUGUAAGCAGAAAUUGAGACCAAAGAUGGAGAAAUCAAAGCACUCAAUGCAAUUUUGAAUGAUGCAAAACUCAAUUUAGCUGAUGCUGAAGAUAAUCUCUCUGCCACUCAAAAUAGAUGGAUUGAAAGAACUGCAUCACACAAUACCUUGAUCUAAUAAUACGAUAAUGAGUUAUUAGCCAUUAAGGAUGCUGAAAAUGCCUUAAAAAAGGGAGGCAUAUUUAGAUAAUGAUAUAAACACCAAUAAUUCCCUUUAAAAUAUAAUAUAUUUAUAAUUAAAUUUCGUUAAAA